AUGUCCACCUCACAUCUCCUCCACCGUGGUCGCAGCGUUUUCUCGAAACUAAACCAAAAAUAUCGACUCCCGGCUUCUGCUGCUCUUACAACUGCCACUGCCUCUUCCUCCAUUUGCACCUUCUCCUCUGUACCUUGCUCACACUCUGAUGAUGCCCUCGGUAAGACUCAAUCUGACAGUCAUUCCUCUGUCCGUCAACAAGCCUCGCAAGACCCUCAGGAUCAACUCAAGGCCCGUCGCCUCUUCGAUCUUGCUCAGCAACUUCUUUUCGGCCGUCAUGGUCAGAUCAAAGACGAAGUCGCAGCGGCUGAAUACUAUCGUCUCGCUGCACAAAUGGGUCAUCUAGAAGCCCAGGGCGUUCUAGCCUUUUGUUAUGAAUUCGGUCUAGGUGUCCAAGCUGAUUAUGUGGAAGCAGAGCGCCUCUACAUCUUGGCAGCUGAAAAAGGAAAUGGCCUCUCACUCUCCCGUUUGGCCUUUUUGCGUAAAUACGGUCGUCCUUCCGUUAAGAUUGAUCGCAUCGAAUCAGAAUACUGGCAACAAAAGAUCAAUCAGCAAGGCCCAUCUGCACUCGCUUGGCUCAUGGAGGCCGCAGCCGUCGACAAUCAUGAUUGCUGUCAGUUCGCCCUCGGAGUCUGCUAUCACGACGGUGUUGGUGUGGAAAAGAACGCUAACGAGGCAUUUCUCUGGUAUAAAAAGUCGGCGGAGCAGGGCAAUGCUCGUGGUCAGGGUAUUCUUGGCUAUUGCUAUGGUGAGGGUUUCGGUGUAGAACGAGAUCGUCGUAAAGCCAUGUAUUGGUAUCGCAUCGCAGCAGAGCAGGGCGAGUCUGUAGCACUUUACAACAUUGGAUACUGCUAUGAGGAUGGCUUGGGCGUGGAUCGCGACCCUUACGAGGCAGUUAAAUGGUACCGUCUUUCAGCUGAACUUGGCAAUGCGUUUGCUCAAAAUUCACUUGGAUACUGUUAUGAAGAUGGUGUUGGGAUUGAGCAAAAUCUUGAGUUGGCUGCCAUGUGGUAUACGAAAUCAGCAGAGCAGGGAUAUCCUUGGGCAGAGUGUAAUCUUGGAUACUGCAACCAGAAUGGUAUCGGAGUUCCCAAGGAUGAUGCCAAGGGAGCGUACUGGUAUCGCAAGGCAGCCUUGCAAGGGCAUGCUCGAGCUCAACACAAUCUCGGUUUUUGUUAUCAGAAUGGAAUCGGAGUACCCAAGGAUCCUGUAGAGGCUGUCAAGUGGUACAUGAAGUCGGCAGAGCAUGGCAACAUCUUCGCGUUCCAUUCGCUCGGAUAUUGCUAUCAAAAUGGCAUUGGAGUUCAACAAAACUUAGACGAGGCCGUGUACUGGUACUAUCUUUCUGCUGAAGAAAAUCAUGCACCGGCCCAACUUUCACUUGGAUAUUGUUUUCGUAACGGUGUCGGUGUCCCCAAGGAGCCCAAGGAGGCAGUCAAGUGGUUCUAUCGCUCUGCCAUCCAAGGAAAUGCCCUCGCUCAGAACUCACUCGGAUUUUGUUAUGAGGAAGGUCUUGGUGUGGAAAAGGACCGUAAGAAAGCAGUAUUUUGGUAUGAAAAAUCGGCGGCCCAAAACAACCCUUGGGCUCAAUGCAAUCUUGGAUUUUGUUAUGCGAAUGAAAUUGGUGUGGCUCAGGAUUAUGAAAUGGCUGUCAAAUACUAUUCCCUCGCUGCAGCUCAGAAUCAUGCUCGUGCUCAGGAUAAGCUUGGUGUAUGCUUACAACUUGGACAGGGCAUUGCUCAAGAUGUAAAACUUGCUGUCCGUUAUUUCAGGUUGGCUGCUGAACAAGGUCAUCUUGCAGGCCAGUACCACCUCGCUAAUGCAUUGGAAAAGGGUUUGGGCUGUGAAGUUAAUCUUGAAGAGGCCUCCAUUUGGUUUGAACGCGCAGCGGCAAACGGAUGCAGAACCUCGCAUGAAAGACUUCAGCGUCUUCUCGCACGUUCGUGCCUUGAGAACGGAUUAGGUAUCACGGAGAGCGGCCUCUUCCUUGGUGCUGUUGGUCAUUGCGCUCCCGCAGCAUAA